AUGCUCUUGUAUGAAUACGUGACAUCAGAAGGGUCAGACCAGUGCUAUUCAAGCAGCAGUAGAGUACCCAGUCAAGGGGCUAGAGGAACAAAAUUCCAAGAAGAAAAUAAACAGCAGUUUCGCCAUACCCAAACAAAGACUGGCCUCAAGAAAGGAAGGAAAGCAGAAAGUUCCACCGGGAAAGAUGACAUUAUCGAGAGGAAAUUACCCAAAGAAGACGAAGAGCAGUCUAGCCAUACCCAAACAAAGACGGGAAUCAAGAAGGGAAGAGAAGCAGAGAGUUCCACCUGGAAAAAUGACAUCAUGGAGACGAAAUUACCCAAAGAAGAUGAAGAGCAGUCUCGCCAUACCCAAACAAAGAGAGGUCUCAAGAAGGCAAGGAAAGCAGAAAUGUCUACCUUGAAUGAUGACAUCAUAGAGGCUAUCAAAGUUAAUUGCAAACGGUGUCAUAGUGAUGUUAUGGCACAAAUAAAUAAAGUUGCCGUUUGCUACAGAGACAUGGCAACAUUACUGAGGGAAAAUUGGCUGAAUGACGUGAUCAUCAACGCUUAUCUUGAGCUGAUACAUCUGAAGUCAAGGACUGAUGGUAGGGCAGCGAAAAUAUACCCCUUUCUCUCCCAGUGGUACCAGUUUGUAACUCUGAAAGGUGCGACAUUGAUGGAGAGGUGGGCAAGGAAUACAGAUCUUGCAUCAUACGAAUGGUUAUUGUUUCCAGUCAACACAAACGCCCAUUGGUUUCUUAUAGGCUUUCAGCCAAAGUCGAAGACCAUUGCGUCAUUUGACUCGCUGCAUGGAGAAAAUGAACUUGACAUGGAGCUCGCAAUAGAUGCGUUGGCAGUCAUGUGGAAAAAGAAGUAUGGGAUGCCAUUCGUAUGUCAGGCAAAGGUGGUGCCCGUUCCACGUCAGAAAAAUUCCUACGACUGCGGAGUUUAUCUAUGUUACUUUGCCUAUUACUUGAGUAUUCAACCGGAUGCAGAAGAAAUACCUGACAUAGAUUCCAAAGAAUACAGGCAUAGGAUGGUCCUAGAUCUGUAUCGAGGUUCAUUAAUGCUUUAG